AGCAGGAGUGUCAGUGCUCUUUGAGCUUUGGUAGUCGAAGCACUUUCAGUUUAUUGCACUCAAGGCAGUAACAGCAAAUUAAAAAAAUCCCAACCAAAUGGACUACACCAACAAGAUGAAUGCUUCUCUGCUUUUCUUUUGGAUAAAUGAAGAUAUUUUUUCCAAAAAAAAGUGAAGACACUUUUUCAUGACUCUCCACACUACUGUCUCGCAAGGACUAAUUUCAACCAACACAAAGUGUUUCUUCAACAGUUGGUCUUCUUCAAGACAUCGAGAAGAUCUCGAAAACAUCCGCUGCACGGACUCCACAGGGGCAGAUGUAUUCUUCAGGAUGAAUGAUGGUGAAGUAAAAAGGAAUCACACGUCGUGUUCUAGGAGACACUGUGGUAUCUUAAGAUCGUCCGAUUGCUCAAGUAUGUCUGUGUCAAAUCAAGACUCUAAAGGAGUCUAAAGGAUCACAAGUCAUGCCAGAGAAAGCGUAUGUGUUCUAACGUACACGUUCGGGGCCGUAACGCAUAUCAGGAAUGCCAUUUCAUUCAUCACUGGGGCUUGUUCACUUUGUAAACUUCAAAACUGAGAGUUAGCGUUUGAGUCUGUAUGCUCCUUUAAACUACAAACAUGAGCAACAUCACCAAUUCUUCCUCCGUUGAUAGUGAUGCAGAUUAUAGAUUCAUGAUUCCUGUGGUGAUGAUUGUCAUCAUCAUCAUCUUGGGCAACCUGCUGGUCAUCAUUGCAAUAGCAAGGACAGCGCUGCUACAGACUGUAACCAACAUCUUUAUCAUGUCAUUGGCAUGUGCAGAUCUCAUCAUGGGGGUUAUGGUGGUGCCGCUUGGUGCUACCAUUGUCGUAACAGGCAGUUGGCAGCUCAGUGAAGAUUGGUGCCAAUUUUGGACAUCGGUAGACGUCCUGUGUGUGACUGCCAGCAUUGAGACGCUUUGUGCCAUCGCAGUGGACCGAUAUAUCGCAAUCACAAGACCCCUACGACAUAAAGUGCUGCUUAGCAAGUGGCGGGUUCGACUGAUUGUAUGCUUAGUGUGGGUUGUGUCUGCUCUCACGUCAUUCCCCCCUAUUAUGACCAAAAUUUGGCAGGCUGAUGACGCUAAAGCUCGUAGUUGCUAUGAUAAUCCGAAAUGCUGUGAUUUCAUCACCAACAAAGGUUUCGCAAUUGUAUCAUCAGGCAUUUCAUUCUACAUCCCUCUAGUCAUCAUGAUCUUUGUCUACACCAAGGUGUUUGCCAUUGCUACAAGGCAGGUGCAGCUAAUCGGGAAGAGCCGGCAGCGUUUCCAGAAUGAAAUUGUGGCAGGCAAUGGCAACAACAACGUACCAUCAACUACUAGCAGUGGCAGUGCUUCGUCAGGUAAACGGAAAUCCUCGCGACGAAGGCCAUCCAAAUUAUCUGUUGUGAAAGAGCACAAGGCCUUGAAGACGCUGGGUAUCAUCAUGGGAUGCUUUACUCUCUGCUGGCUGCCCUUCUUCGUAGCCAACAUCAUCGACACCUAUAAUCGCACCCUGAUACCAUCAAACAUUUUCCGAUUAUUAAACUGGCUUGGCUACAUCAAUUCAGGCCUCAACCCCAUAAUCUACUGCAGAAGCAAAGAAUUUCGUACAUCCUUCAAGAGCCUUCUAGGAUGUCCCUGGAUGCAAAUGCCAAGCAUGAACUACCUUUAUAAGGAGCUUAGGACUCGAUGUCCUUGUUUUCUAGGCUUGACAGAAGCAGGCUUAAAUGGAGCUUUCCAGAAGCCUGUCAGCUCACGAGGGACAAGGUCAGAUCCUGUGCCGCAGGAAGAUGGGGAAGAAAGUCUAGGAAGCACUCAGAGCAGCGACAAGAGUGAAAAACCAUCGCCGAGACCGUCGCGCUCCAACGGCAGCGCACACUUCAGCGAUUUCUCUGAAACAGAGACUGAGUUUUCCACCUUACAGGGGCUGGGAGUAUGAGAAUCCACAGCUUGGCUGAAAGACAGCAUGAGACAGCAACAUAAAGAGAGAGAAAGAGAAAGAGAGCAAGAGCGAGAGAGGCGUAGACAGAGACGACUAAUUUCAACCGAGAUCGGCCAAACGUUCUGGCUAGCAGACCAGGGACUGCAAAGAGCCACAAAAGUAACCUCUCAAACGACUGUGAUGAAAUACACAAACAGGAUAAACCGAAUGGGAAUGGCUGAUCGGACAGUGGCACGCACAGAGACGGCUCGCGCACAAGAGCGGAUGGACAGCGGAGAGCACAUCCAGGCUGCUAUUACUCUUGGCCUUUAGGGAAAAUAACUGGAUCAAACCAGUUAAGCUGGGUCAGUGUGAUGGACAACUAUCUAUAAAGGGACUGAGGGAAGCCAAGCUGGAUCUGGGUGAUGUGGAGUAAUCUCAAAGUGAUCAAAAUUUUGUGGAUGUUCCCACAGGCUGACUCUGUCCCAGCAAGUUUAUAGUUUAUAUCUUUCAAGAGU